AUGACCUCUGGAAAUGACACUCAUAAACAAUCUUCUACCCAAACCUCCACUUCUACCACCGCAACACCCAUAACCACCACCGCCACUCUUACCCAAACCAAUCUCGCCCAUUCUCAGUGGUACCAACAAGACCAACUCAUUGUUAGCUACAUCACCAGUACACUCUCUGAGUCCAUUCUCUCUCUCACCGUCGGCUACACCUCUGCCCUUGAUCUCUGGGAGUGUCUCCAACACCACUUCUUUCAAUCCAGUAUGGCCAGUGAAUCUGCUCUUCGUUUUCAACUCAUGGAUUUGCAAAAGGGCUCUCAACCUAUUGAUUCUUACCUUCGUCAUGCUAAGUCCCUUGCCGAUUCACUGGAUGUCAUCAAUGAACCUGUCUCCUCAAAAGAACUUAUCACUUCUGUGCUUCAGAGUUUAGGACAUGAUUACAAAAUGCUCGUCACGGCAAUUCUCAAUUUUCCUCCACUUCCUCAGUUUGCUGAUCUUCGUGCUUGUUUGUUAGCUUUUGAUGCACAGGCUCUUCGAAUCUCUCUUGAUCAAAACACAGUGCUAAUGGCCACCCAAUCCUCUCCUCACUCCGCCGGCCAUACUUCCUUCCCUUCUCACCGUGGUGGUGGCUCUUCCAGCAAUAGGCGUGGUGGCCGCAGCCGCUAG